AUGCGGUGCGCGAGCAAGGCCGCCGAGAGCGCGUCUGCACGUCUCUGUGCGGACGCCGAAGCAGAAACAACAGCAACUGAUGUCCCAUCGGUUGCUGAAGCGACCCAGCCUGUGUCACUUGGUGACGCAGGCGCUCGUCAUGAAGACACUCGUGUCUUCACAGAGUACGAGCUCGGUGUCUCGUACUCUCCUGAUACGGAUGACGGAUCCGUAUCGGCGGCGAUUGAAUCUAAGCCGCCUGCCAAGCGUGGCAUGGACGAUGCUUUGCGUCGCAGCAUCUUUCUUCAUCUGAUGAAUCAGAUGAACCAUCGCCGAAGCGAAGGCGCUCGAGAUCGCAAGUCUCGGGCGCUAUUAGUGGAAGAGCGGGACCGCAAUGUGUUGCGUCUCGCUCCAGAAAAGAAGGCAUGGAUGCCUCCAAAAUCAGUCAUGGAUCACUUGUCGGCGACGACGAGUGAUCGUUAUCGAACACGAUUGUUCGAUUCGUCAAGGAUCCAUCACCUUGACCCCAGCGCGAAAGACUAUCGCGCUGAACAUGAGUUCUUCAUCGAUGCUUUCUUCAGACAUCGAUGGUACAGUGGGAAUCACAAACGUGAUGGUCCCUCACUACUUCAGGCGUGGAACGCCUACAUCCAUAACCUCGAGGAUGUAGGUCGUGACGCUUGGAACGACAAACUUAUCAAAGCUCGUGAUAAGUUUGAAAAGCGAACCCCGACAGGUGCACGCUACAAGCUGCAUCGUCUGUCAAGGGAGAAAGGAUUACCCUGCCUCUCUUGGGGAGACUCGUGCCCAUGUUGUGUGAACAACUCUGCACGAGCACCUAAGGAGGCUUACCUCCUUACCAGCCCGUGGUGGCGCGUACGUGUCUCUACUGAGAUGUACGAAGGGAUUGACAACCUGAAAUCCCUUUACGACCGUGCCGGGAAGACUUUCUCCGGCGGUCCUUCUGCGGCACAUGAUGUGCCGCGUCGUACUGCUCGACCAGACCCAGUACGUCAACCAUCAGUUGGGAGCGGGGCUCCCAAGAAUCCCAGGACGGGGGAUAGCCGCGCCACCGGACUAAAUAACUCGUCCGACGUCCGUCUGCGUCGCGGUGGUUCGACAGAUGCUCAACUAGAUAGCGCUGGCCACCGCGAGAGUCCUCUAAUUUUCUUUGAUCGCGUAACGCAAGGGUUACGCGACGAUCUCGAGCAUGAGCGGAAUAGGCGUCUCCAAAUGGCGGACACUGCCUCGAAGCAUCGAGCUGAGUUUGCCUUUGCUCAGCUUGAGAACGAGAGAUCUCUGACAUCUCUUCGUGACGAGCUAAGGGUAGCUCGUGGGAUUGUUGAUCGGUCUCGGGCUGAGAUAACUGCUCUUCAGACCCUUGUUGAUGCCCACCAUCGGGAGCACAAGGCUCUCUGCGAGAUGCUUGAGCGCAAGGGCGUUCUUCAUCGGAAGAAGCAGCGUACUGAUGGUACGGCUUAA